CCAAAUUCUUCUUCUUUUUUCCUCUUCCUUCAUGGGUUUUUCUUCUUUUUCAUGUUAUUGGUUUUUUUCUUCUAAGAAUCUCCCCUGCUUUACUGCUGCAAAACAUUUGGGUUUUUGUGUUUAUAGUUGUUUGUAUUGAUUUUUGGUGUUUCUUGAUGAAUUGGGAAAUCAAGAGGCUGGCUUGGUUUUGUAGAGUCGUAUAGGAUGAUCAAUGAUAUACAAUAUUGAAUUGUGUGAAUUUAUGUUUGGUUUCGAGGAAAUUGAAAUCUUACGUUCAUUGUUGUGAAUGGAUCUUCGUUUUUUUACAUCUUAAGACUAAAGGGUGGGUGUUUAAAUUAGUUUUAAUUUGAAUUCUGAAAUAUAUGCUGUUUAUCUUUAGGACCUUUGGGCUUGUGCUGCUGGUAGUAGAGGUUGCGGUUCAAUGUUUGAGGAGGUGCUCUUGAAUCCUCCUUUUCGUGACAAGGAAGGUUCUUUGGUAGUUGUGUUGUUUUGCUCCUUUACAGGGCAUUUGGCUUGAGAAAAAUAGUAUAGUAUGCAGAGGAAUUUUGGGAUGUGAUUAAGUUUAACUCAUCCCUGUGGGGGUUCGUUGAUACUGUUUUUUUAAAAUUACAUGAUUAAUAUGAUCCAGGAGUGUUGGUUGCUCGAUCAGGGAGUUCUUCCUCAUUUUGCCUUUUAAGGAGAAAGGGCCACUUUCUUGGAAAAGCCGGGGGUGCGUCUUGUUAUAGGUUUUAUAAGGAGAGAAAUAAAUAAUUAUGGAGUGUUUAGAGGGUUGGAGAGGGACCUAGUGAUGUGUGGUCCUUGGUAAAGUUCUGAGUCUUUCUCAAUUUUGAAGACCUUUUGUAACUACUCUUUGAGUAACAUUUUAAUUGCACCCUGUUCUUUAGAGUUUUUGUAGGCAAGGCAUGGUUUUUGUCCGUCCUUGUAUUCUUGCAUUUUUUGUUAAUGAAUGUUAUUUCUAUGGAAAAAAAAUACUACAUGGUUAAUAUGAUUCUUUUGGAUUGAAGCUACUCUCUAUAAUUAGGCGUCAGGGUUGUUUUUUUUCCUUAUGCUCUUGUAUCCUUUUAUCCAUCUCGUUGAAUAUUUAGUUUCUUAUAAAAAAGAAGAUAGCAUCAAACGAUGCCUGGUUGACAAGUGUUGUGUGUAAUUAUUAUAGAACUAAGAGUUAAAAUUUGAUUCUCAUGAAUGAUAGAUCAAACCUUAAGGUUGGUUUUUGAAAGCGUUGUGGAUGGGGAUUCAGACGAUGGGUUCUCAAUUGAACGGCCAACAAUCUCAUUUACACCCUGCCUCAUUGCCAAGGCAAAACUCAUGGUACGGUCUUACUCUUGAUGAGAUUAAAAACCAGUUAGGUGGAAUGGGAAAGCCAUUAGGCAGCAUGAACCUUGAUGAGCUUCUUCAUAACAUCUGGACAGCUGAAGCCAACCAAUCCAUGGGAAUGGAAAGUGAGAGUUCCUCUUCAGUACAUUAUCUCCAACGUCAGGCCAGUUUCUCACUUGCCAGAGCAUUGAGUGGGAAGACUGUUGAUCAUGUGUGGAAGGAGAUUCAAGAAGGGCAGAAGAAAAAAAAUCGUGAAAAUUUGAAAAGUCAGAAUAGUGAGACUACACUUGGUGAUGUGACUUUAGAGGAUUUCUUGAUACAAGCUGGGAUUUAUGCCGAGGCUUCUCCAAGUCCCUUGGAUGCCAUUGAUACUAUGACAUUGACAGAGAAGAACUUUUCACCAGAAAUGGGAUUGUUGUCAUCAUCCCUUUCACUUGGCACACUGUCAGAUACAACAAUACCAAAACGGAGAAGGGAUCCCUCAGACACACUUGAGAAGACUAUGGAGCGGAGGCUAAAGAGAAAAAUCAAGAAUAGGGAGUCUGCUGCUCGUUCUCGAGCGAGAAAACAGGCCUAUCAUAAUGAACUGGUGAACAAGGUCUCACGCCUUGAAGAAGAGAAUUUAAAGCUCAAGAAGGAAAAGGAAUUCGACAACAGGAUGCAGAGCAAACCAAUCUCAGAACCGAAGUAUCAGCUGCGUAGAACUAGUUCAGCUUCUUUCUAAGCUACACCUUUAGUACAAAAGGUAUUGGUUUAGGUCUUAUGGGAGAACGUUGGAUUGAGUAUAUAGAGAGAUUCAGCUGAGUCUGUGUGGAUACAAUGCUGAAUAGUGUUUGGUUUACAUGUACAGUACUGAUUGAUGCAUAUCCUAUUUUCAAUUAUAGAGCAGCAAAAGUGCAAGGUUUAUAAUUUUGGUUUUGUUUCUUUGGGAUAAAUGUCAAUCAAUUCCCACAUAAAACUAAACCAUCUUUUUUUAGGUUAUCUGCAGGUUUAGCUAUUAAAUUUAGUGAUUCUUGGCAUUGAUAUGCUCUAAUUGUGUGUAUUAACUCUAGGAAGCAUAACCCAUUUCGUAUAUGUUCUUGAACCAAUGGUCAAGAUUUUGAAA